GGAAUGCAUUGCAUUAUUUUUGGUUUGAAUAAAGAGACCAUUUAAAAGCACCUUGGUGUACCACCAUCCCGACGGAUUUUAUUCCUGUCCACGUUUCACCGCCCCCGUGACUGUCGUAACAUAACAUAUACAGGAGAUAUAUCUUACACUGUUCUGAAUAUCCGAUCGUCAUACCCAGAUGUGAUAUAUUUGAAUUUUGACGCAUCACCUCGCACCAUCAUGAAGCUGUUUUUCUUUAUAUAUUACGCUCUCGCCUUUCUGGCAACCCCCUUCGCGGCAGCAAAGAAGAAAGUGAACGUUCAAUGGGCAAUCUGCGAUUCAAGCCCCCAAGAGGUGCUCCGCAAACUGGGAAUGGGAACCCCCGAUCCAUACAAGCAAAAUCCGAUCACAUACUAUGACACCGAACCUCCGACAUACAUCUCUAACGGGAUCAUGUUCCGGAAAAAGACCUCGAAAGGCCAGAAGAUUUCCACCGUGAAAGUACGGUUUCAUGAGAAACCCUCCGAGGUACCAGACUGGGCGGAGUGCGUUUGGGAUCGCUACGGAGAAAAUGCCACCUUUACCUGCGAGAAACGAUGUCCGUUGCCCGAAGACGGAUCAAGCAUCUGGUGCAACGAACAGAUCAAGCUCGCCGAGCGAUAUCAGUGCAUCAACUGGACGGAGCUUACUGCUUUUGGUCCGUAUGACAAUGCGAAGUGGAAGAUUCGGAUUGAAGGACAUAAAGCGAAGUUCGAUGAUGUCGCUGCAGGACCACUGCACCUGAUGGAAGUCGAGGCGAAGGUACCGCCGAAAAAGGAGCAGAAGGCUUACGAGGCAAUUACACGUCACUUAACGAGCCGCGGAGUUGUGUUAUGCGACCGGCAGGAAGGGAAAACACAACGGCUCUUCCGUGCUUUGGGUUAUAGAGUCGAUGUAGAUGAGAGAGAUGAGCUGUAAGGCUCGAUAACGGACUUUUAUCUUUAACAAGCCCGCUUCCUCUCCUUAUAUAUGCUGUUCGAGAUCGUCAGUUUGAAGCCUUCCUUCUUUGCGAGAGAGUAGUUUCUUGUGACUUGAUCCGUUCCUGCACCUCAAGUGAUACAGAUUGGUCGGCUGAUUGAGGACUCAGGCAGAUCUAUUUUCGCUAUCUCUUAUCUCCCAAGAUUGCUAGGUUUACUUCCAUGUUCAAGUGCAUUUAAGCGACUUUGUGAUAUGAAUAGCAAGAGUUACUACCCC